AUGGCUACUUUUGCUGCACUGACUUGUAGACGAUGGGCGUCUAUAGGUGGACGACUUAAGGGUGCUCGAGGACUCAGUACCGUCCCUAACGACGGUAUGGUCAUUAUGGACGGCAACACAGCAGCGGCACAUGCGGCAUACGCUAUGGUCGAACAGGCCUUCAUUUACCCGAUAUCGCCGUCUUCGCCAAUGUGUGAGUUGGCUGCAGAAUGGGCAGCCCAGGGACGUAAGAAUGUCUUUGGUACCACUGUCAAUGUGACUCAAAUGCAAUCCGAGGGAGGUGCUGCUGGAGCCCUCCAUGGCGUCUUGGACCGAGGAGGUCUGGCCGCUACCUUCACGUGUAGUCAAGGCCUUUUGUUAAUGAUCCCUAACAUGUACAUCAUCUCUGGCCAGCUCUCCCCCUGUGUUUUCCAUGUCACUGCCAGGGCCCUGUCCAAACACGGCCUUUCUAUAUUCGCCGAGCACACUGAUGUCAUGGCCGUCCGGCAGACAGGGUGGGCCAUGCUCGUGGCCAACACGGUUCAAGAAUGCAUGGACAUGUCUGCCGUGGCACACAUUGCUACGCUCCGCUCGAGCAUACCAUUUUUACACUUUUUCGAUGGCUAUCGGACUUCUCAUGAGCUUAACAAAAUUGUCCCCAUCUCUUAUGAUACUCUGGGUUCGCUCAUGCCUUGGGAUGCUGUUACAGCUCUUCGUGAAGGCUCUCUCAACCCUCAGAGACCCCACGCUCGAGCCUGCAACACCGGCACAGACAUCUGGUUCCAGGGCAUGGAAGCUUCCAACAGUUUCUAUGACGCUACUCCUGGCAUAGUACAAGGUGUUCUGGAUGAUAUCUCGAAGGUUACUGGAAGAGGCCCUUAUCGGCUCUUUGAGUACUCUGGGGAUCCUGAAGCACGGCAUGUGGUCGUUUGUAUGGGAAGCGCCUCCUCAGUUCUGGCUGACUGUGUACCACCUGGCCAUGGUGCACUCAAUGUCCGCCUCUAUCGUCCGUGGAGUCCUAACGAUUUCCUAGCCAGCCUUCCCAGUACAGUAGAAAGGGUCACAGUGUUGGACCGUACUAAGGACAGUGCUGCGGUUGGUGAACCCCUCUUCAUGGACGUGGCCACAUCCUUCGUCACUGGCAAUACAGAAAGGUUCCAUCACAUGCCGCUAGUUCUUGGUGGUCGCUAUGGUUUGGGGUCCAAGGAUCUCACUCCAAAGGACGCCAUGGCUGUCUUUCAUAAUGGCGAAGUGGAUGAGCCCAAGCGGAAAUUCACUGUUGGAAUAGUUGACGAUGUUACACAGCUGAGUCUCCCUCCCGUUUCACUCGAUAAGCUCCCUAAGGCUGACGAUAGUGUCACUGAGUGUGUGUUCUUCGCCAUGGGCUCUGAUGGUACUGUAAGUGCUAAUAAGAAUGCUAUCAAGCUGAUUGGUAGUAAUACCGAUCUCUAUGUCCAAGGGCAUAUAGUGUACGACUCUAAGAAGGCCGGUGGAGCUACGGUCAGUCACCUAAGGUUUGGCGGCAAGCCGAUAAACAAGCCGUACGAGAUCGUGGAAGCUGGGUAUGUUGCCGUCCAUGAACCCACAUGGCCCAAGAAGUUCCCCAAGGCCAUCAUGGCUAAGCUGAGACCUGGUGGCACCCUUGUGUUGAACUCCCAUUGCACGACGCCUGCUGAGCUCGAGAGAAUACUACCACCUGAGAUGCUACGAGCCAUCUCUGAGAAGGAUGCACAGCUGUGGGUCGUGGAUGCCUUGGCUAUUGCUAAGCGGUACGGCCUUGGGAAGCACAUUAAUAACGUGAUGCAGGCAGUGUUCUUCAAGCUCGGCUUUGACUCUUCGAUCCUGGACUAUGAGACCAAGGCUUUGCCCAUGCUCUUGGAUAGUCUGGCCAAGACCUACUCCAGGAAAGGAGAGGAGACCAUCAGACGGAACAGUGAAGCCACGAAGGCUGCCACUACGUCCUUGAUAAGGAUAGAGGUACCUCAGGCAUGGGCCACUGCAAUAGCUGACUCGACGGCCACUGGUUCCUUGACCGGUGACCAGGCGUACGAUAAGCUGUCGUACCGUGUGGGCCGGAUGGAAGGCAGCGAGCUGCCUGUCAGUGCCAUUGACGUCCGAGGCAGAUACCCUACAGGUAUGACCAAGCACGAGAAGAGAGGGAUAGCCCCUAUGAUCCCAAUAGUCGAUAUGGACAAGUGCACACAGUGCAAUCUGUGCUCUGUCAUAUGCCCUCAUGCCGCUAUAAGGCCCUUUCUCUUGGACACAGUUGAAAACGAUGCUGUCCCCACUGAGACUAGGCCGGCCAAGGGAGGUUCUGAGGUCCAAGGCUUCCAUUACAGGAUACAAGUAACUCCACUGGACUGCACUGGCUGCGAGGCUUGCAGUUGGGCCUGUCCUGAUGACGCCCUGACAAUGGUCAAUGUGUCCACUCUUGGGGACGACCCUGUGGUGGCUCGCGAGACUGAUAAUUGGAACUAUCUCAUUAACCUACCGGAGCGGUCCACGCCUAGGCACAACUCUCGAGAGACAGCAAGGCAGUCCCAGCUGUCGUUACCAAUGCUGGAGUUCUCAGGAGCCUGUGCUGGGUGCGGAGAGACGCCCUAUGCGAAGUUGGUCACUCAGCUCUUUGGGGAGCGCAUGGUUAUUUCCAACGCCAGUGGGUGUAGUGGUGUUUGGGGAGCUGCUGCCGGGUUCAGCAGCUACACUAAGAACGACCGUGGGGAAGGGCCGGCGUGGGGCCGCUCCCUGUACGAGGACGCUGCAGAGUAUGGCCUUGGUGCCGCUACUGCUACGCAUACCAGGAGGCAGUUCCUCAGGGAACAAGUCGCAGAUCUGCUAACCAAAAUCGGUCCGGACUCGGGUUUGUCCCCAUUGACGGUCGACCUUCUGUACCGGUGGGUGCAUGGUGGUUGGAAGGACUCUGCUAUCAGUCAAGACAUUGCUCGUGUACUGCCUGGUCGCCUUAGACAGGAAUUGGAACUCAUUCCAGAGGGAGAGCUCCGAACCAGCAUUGAAAAGGUCCUCUCAGUUGGUGGGGAGUUUGUGAAGGUCAGCCAUUGGAUCUUCGGUGGUGAUGGCUGGGCGUACGACAUUGGCUUUGGCGGGCUGGACCACGUCCUGGCCUCGGGCACUGAUAUCAAUGUUAUGGUCCUGGAUACAGAGGGCUAUGCUAAUACUGGCGGCCAGAAGUCCAAGGCCACGCAGAUCUCGGCCGUUCAGAAGUUCGCCACUGAUGGGUACAGGCGACCUAAGAAGAACCUAGCGGAAAUGUUCAUGGGUUACGGUAAUGUCUAUGUGGCCAGCAUUGCUGUUGGUGCCUCACCGAGCCAGUCUGUGAAGGCCCUCAUCGAGGCGGACUCGUACGCAGGGCCGUCCAUUGUCCUUACCUAUUCCCCAUGUAUCGAACACAAGAUCAAAUUCCCACGGGGUCUCAGUAGACUGGCUGACGAGAUGACCAAAGCCGUCAACUCUGGGUAUUGGCCUCUCUUCCGCUACGACCCUGCUAAGAUCUCGGCUGGAGUCAACCCAUUCGUCUUGGAUGCCCCUAAGAAACUAAUUGGGAAGGUACAUGACUUCACAGAAUUGGAGGACCGGUUCGGUGCUCUGGAGAGGACCCAUCCUGAUGAUGCCAGAAGGUUGGCGGAGGAAUUGCAGACCCACGUCACGAACAAGUCCGUUGGUCUGCCUUUCGAGGCCCUUCGCCGUCGUCAUCUGGAGGGAGCUCGAGCCUCUACUAUGCUCAUUCGCGUGGGGGUAUCCCCGACCGUGGGAGGAGGCCAGGACGAUGAUGCUACUGCCUGUCAUAGAGUGCUUAUCGUCUACGCUUCGGACACGGGGAACACGGCCGAGCUGGCCAACAGGUUCGGCAAUAUGUGCCGAUCUAGAGGGGUGGCAGUAGAUGGGGUAUUGGACAUGUCAGAGGUCGACUCUCUGUCCCAGCUACCAACAGGGACCGGAUCCACUCUGGUGGUGAUGACCAGUACCGUCGGGGAGGGCGAUCUUCCUCCAACAGCAGUGGCCUUCAAGGCAAUGCUUGACUCGGCUGAGGAGGGGUCUCUAGCUACUACACGAGUGAUGUUAUUCGGUCUGGGGGAUAGCUCAUACCAUCAUUUCUGUGGAGCUGCUGUGGCCCUGGAGAAGUCCCUCCAGAGAGCAGGGACAGUGAAGGUUGCCCCGACAGGCCUCGGUGACGACCAAGCUGAGGAUAAGUUUGAGACUGGGUUCGAGCAGUGGACGUUUACCGCAUGGCCGGCCCUUGAUGCCCCACAGGACGAGAUUAUUGAGGACCCUACGGCCGUACCCCCGUCCUGUUAUUCGGUUAUGGAAGUUGCCCCUCCACCCAUUGAGAUUGAUAAGGGGGCGCUUCUAGCAUCGUCCUCCCCACCAGGUAGACAUGAAGCUUCCGUUGGGGAAGGAUCGUUUGUCGGUUCAGGCACGUUCCCACUUAGAGUGAGCUCUAAUACUAGGUUGACCCCAGAAGGCUAUGACCGUACAGUUAACCAUGUUUGCCUGGGGGUCUAUGAGGAUAUUGACGGCCGUUCCCAUCACGACCUUUCCUACCACCUCGGUGACGCUUUGGCAGUAUAUCCCUCUAAUGACCCCAAGACGGUCACGGAUUGGCUCUUAGCCUAUGGCCUGGAUCCGAGGGCUCACGUUAACGUUGCUAGUACACCCCCGGGUGACGUUCGGCGAGCGGCCUUCUUCCGAAGUGGUCCCGUUUCGGUUAAUAGUAUAUUCGCUGAACUUCUGGAUAUUUUUGGAAAACCUACUGGACGCUUCUAUCGUCAACUUGCGAGAUUCGCCACUGACCCCAAGGAGAGACAGCAAAUAGAGGAACUCUCUUCCAAUCCGGCUGCAAUGGCCCCCACCAUCGGCGAGGCCCUUCUUAGUUUCAACUCUGCAAGACCCAGUCUCGAGCAUUUGCUGAACUUGGUACCUAUCAUCCGUCCUAGACUGUACUCUAUCGCGUCAUCGCCACGUCUAGACGGCGGUGGCCGAGUCGAUCUACUGGUGGUCCUUGCUAAGUGGUCUGACCAGAGCGGCUCUCUCCGUAGUGGUCUCUGUAGUACAUUCAUCAAUACCCGUUUGAAAGCUGGUGACGUCUUGAGAUGCGGUGUAACGGCUGGGACGUUCACCCUGCCUACUUCAAUCACCACGCCUAUGGUCAUGACCGGCCUGGGCACGGGAAUAGCCCCCUUCCGAGCCUUCGUACAGGACCGGGCCAUCAGGGCCAAGUUGACUGAUGAGAAACCGGGUCCAAUGAUAGUAUACUAUGGAGCCCGGCAUAAGGCAAAGGACUUCGCCUUCGGGGAGGAAUUCGAGGGUUACGCCCGAGCUGGUAUUGUCACGGAAGUGGUCGGAGCCUUCAGCAGAGACCAACCAGAGAAGGUUUACGUUCAGCAUAAGAUAGCACAAGACGGGGAGAGACUCUAUGACCUUCUGGUCACAAAAGGAGGUUAUUUCUACUUGUGCGGCCAAGCAGGGCAUGUCCAGCAGGAGGUUGAAGAUGCUGUAUCAUCGGCGCUCGGCUCUCGAGAGGAGCUCGAUCGGAUGAUUCAUGAGAGGCGGUAUUCUCUCGAACUCUAUUAG